AUGCUGAGGCGCGAGGACAGCGCGAACUGCGGCGUUCUCGCCCGGCCCACCGGAGAGCGGCAGGGCGGGCUCGCCGCGGCGUCGCCGUCGACGCAUUGCGCGGCCAUCGGGGACACAAGUAUGCAUACUUGCGCGAGGGAGACGACGGUGCCCUGCGACGGGCCGGAGGCGUGCCCCGCCGGUGGCGGUGGGAUGCAGACGCGCAUUCGCCGGGUCGGCCGCGCCGAGUCGUUAAAGGAGCUUGCGGACGAGCACGGCGUCUGCAAUACCGGCGAUAGCGCGUUCGAGAUCACCCAACGCGACCCGAAGGGCGACGAGUGCGAGUCGCUCGCAUGCUACAACUCCGACGCCGGGGCGCCCUGCGUGUCCCCACGGCGGCCCCCGGGCGGGCUCGGGCCCAUUGAAGAGGCGGGGGCACCCGAGGCCGUCGUAGACGUCGACCGGCCGACAUACUUCCGCGGGACCAAGAUCCCCUCGGCAGGUUGGUUCAGUGCUUGCCGCUUCUGUGGCAGCUGGACCGGAGCGGAGCUCGAGUGCGCCAACGCCGGGCGCGCAGUGCCAGUGUGCAUGCGGUGCCAGCAGAAGCUGCGCUGCGGAGAGCUCCUCCAUCCGCCCCCAGGUGCCCACCUCAGCGACACCGUCCAGUUCAUCGUGGCCGAGAUGCGCGACCGCCAGUGUGCCUACACGGGACGCGUACAGCCCGGCUGCGACUUCGAGACGGCGCUGCUCCGGCUGGACAGCCGCGUCGAGGCCCUCCUCGCCCCCCCGCUCUGA